CGGCGCGCGCUUCGCCUGGGAUCUGGGACUCCGUGGACCGUACCUCCAGCUCAGGCUCGCUAGCUCCGCCUGCGGUACGUGCUCCCGCCUCCGACUCAAAAUGCCUGUCUGGGGAGGUGGAAACAAGUGUGGGGCCUGCGGGAGGACCGUGUACCACGCAGAAGAGGUGCAGUGUGAUGGCAGGAGCUUCCACCGCUGCUGCUUUCUCUGCAUGGUUUGCAGGAAAAAUUUAGAUAGCACAACAGUGGCAAUUCACGAUGAAGAGAUCUACUGCAAAUCCUGCUACGGAAAGAAAUAUGGGCCAAAAGGCUACGGUUACGGCCAGGGCGCUGGCACGCUUAACAUGGACCGUGGCGAGAGGCUGGGCAUCAAGCCAGAGAGUGUUCAGCCUCACAGGCCUACAACAAAUCCAAACACUUCUAAAUUUGCUCAGAAAUAUGGAGGUGCCGAGAAGUGUUCCAGAUGCGGGGAUUCUGUAUAUGCUGCCGAGAAGAUAAUUGGAGCUGGAAAGCCUUGGCACAAAAACUGUUUCCGGUGUGCAAAGUGUGGGAAGAGUCUUGAAUCAACAACUCUGACUGAAAAAGAAGGUGAAAUCUAUUGUAAAGGAUGCUAUGCAAAGAACUUUGGGCCCAAGGGAUUUGGCUAUGGCCAAGGAGCAGGGGCUCUUGUUCAUGCCCAGUAAGGUGUAAACCCUGAACUAAACAUCACACACUGAGAAUCUCUUCAUAACCUAGGCACAGAUAAUCUUUAACACUAAACUACUGUGAAAUUCUACCAGCAUUAAGUACUGUAUAUUGCCCUGUACUUGGAUAGGCUGGCUAACUUGUAGGAAGAGAGCACUGUAUCGAAUCCUUUUGCUUUAUUCACCAGCAUUUUGGGGGAACAUUUCUUUUACAUUUUAAAUAAAACUUCAGCUUGA